UAGUAGCUACUGUGGUACUGGUACUUGAACGGGUCGUUUUCUGAACAAUUGUCUUUGUCGUUUGUUUUAAAGUGUUAUUAUUUAAAUCCCUUUAGUGAACAAACAUUAGUAAAAAUGGACGACGAUUUACCUACCGACUUCCAGGUCAUCGUCGUUGGAACUGGUAUGGUGGAGUCUAUUGUAGCGGCAGCCUGCAGCAGAAUAGGGAAGAAUGUUCUUCACUUAGACUCUAGCGAUCACUAUGGUGGGCUCUGGGCAUCCUACAAUUUCGAUGGGCUGCAGAAAUUCAUCAAAGAAGUCAACGCUGAUCCUAAGCGUCAGCAACAGGUCUACAAUGUGUCCGAAAACUGGUAUAUAGAAAAGGAUGCGCCCCAAGAAGAAGAAAAGAAAGAGGAAGGGGAAGAAUCCAAAGAGCCAGCCAAGAAAGUUUGGAGCCAAGCGAGCUUUGCGGCCGAGUACAGGAAGUUCAACAUUGACAUGACUCCUAAGCUGCUGUUCUCCCGCGGGCCGCUGGUAGAGCUGCUUAUCUCGUCCAACAUCGCGCGCUACGCGGAGUUCCGGUGCGUGACGCGCGUGCUCACGUGGCUGGACGGCAAGCUGGCGCCCGUGCCGUGCUCGCGCGCCGACGUGUUCGCCACCGAGGCCGUCGGCAUCGUCGAGAAGCGGCAGCUCAUGAAGAUGCUCACCUCCAUCGUCGGCUAUAACGAGGAGGAGAUGAACAACGAGUUUAAGGACUGGAACGACAAGACGUUCAAGGAGUACCUGACCCACAAGGGUCUGACGCCGACCCUGAUCCACUACGUGUUGUUCGCGAUCGCGGGCGGCGACAACAACAUGCCGUGCCUGGAGGGCGUGCGCGAGUGCAAGAAGUUCCUCAUGAGCCUGGGCCGUUACGGGAACACGCCCUUCCUCUGGCCCAUGUACGGCAGCGGCGAGCUGCCCCAGUGCUUCUGCAGAUUGUGUGCUGUAUUCGGCGGCGUGUACUGCCUGAACCGACCCAUAGACAAGGUGGAAUCGAAGACGGUAGACGAAGGCAAGACGCAAGUCACCAUCGCCAGCAAGUCGAAGACGCUUAACUGCGACCAUCUCGUUAUCGGCAUCAACGACUGUCCCAAGGAACUGCUCUCCGACGAACCGGGAGAGCGCUGCGACAUCUCUAAGGGCGUGUUCAUCACGAACGCAUCCAUGCUGCCGAGCGAGAAGGAGCCGCUGACGCUGCUGCGCUUCCCGCCGCUCGGCGACUCGGAGCACGCCGUCACCGUGCUCGAGGUGGGCCCCGCCACCGGCUCCUGCCCCAAGGGACUCUUCGUGGUAUACUUCAUCACGAACAAGGUGAAGGACGCGGAGAGCGACCUCAUGCCGUACGCCGAAAAGAUCUUCCACAUGGGCCCCGGCGAGUCCCCCGACGACAGACCUAAGUGCCUGUGGUCGCUGGUGUACAACGUGGCGGACACGAGCGCGGGCGCGGCGAGCGGCGCGGCCGGCGUGCACGUGUGCGCCGGGCCCGACGCCGGACUAGACUUCGACCGCGCCGUGCACCAGGCGGAGCAGAUCUUCAAGCAGAUCUGCCCGGGGGCGGAGUUCCUGCCGCGCGCGCCCGACCCCGAGGAGAUCGUGUUCGAGGACGGCGCCGCGCCCGGGCCCGAGUUCGAGCGCGGCGACGAGGAAGACAAGCAGUAGCGAGCUCGCCGAGUUGGAGGCCGAGGCCGGGGCCGAGGCGGAGGCCGAGGCCGAGGCGGAGGCCGAGGCCCGCUUCCGGUUGUGCCGUUCCCGACGACGUUCUCCGUUUUGUUAUCGAACAGCUGUCGGUCGAGAAUCCCCCGGUGUUCUUAUAUGUCUCGCAGUAAACGGGGAACGUUCCCGAGAACGGCCCGACUCUAGACCCGCUGGCGUGUUUGUGUCGCCCGCAUGGGGCGGUCCGUGAGAUUUACAAGUUAGUAAUUAGGUUUUUCAGUACCCGGUGCCGGUGUCAGAUAGAAUCUCGAUUUGUGGCAUGUUAGAUCUCGCCGGAUUUCUAUUUCGUAGAAAAUUUGUGCAUUCUUUUAUAAAACAAAUCUCAGAUCUGCUGUUGGUACAUAAACGUUUAUUAAAAAAAUAUAAAUAAUUUAGACAAGUUAUCUCCAAAAUGCUAAUUCUGCGACGUGACAUAAAACAUACAGGAGAAAUGGGACAAUUUUUAACAUCAACAUCAACAUCAACAUCAACAUUUAUUCAGCAAAUAGGCCACAAGGGCACUUUUACACGUCAACAUUGAAUUUACAUAAAAGCAAAAAUAAUAACAUCAACAAUUUUAUAAAAUAAAACUAACAAUUCAAUCUAACGUAUUACAAUUACUAAGAGAUGUAUAUGGUCUCUUAAUGUCGAAUUACAUACAAAAUACAGAUAAAAAAACACACACAAAAAAAAUCUAUAAUAUUUAACCAAUUCUAAUUGUCAUUCUAAAUCGAAGAACUUUCCAACAUCGCACUAAAGUUAUCUAAACUGGUUACAGUCCCCACAGUAACGUGUCUUGUAGCAUUAUUUUUUAGUCACCAUAUUUUGGAAUAAAUUAUUGAUGUAAUUUUCAACUUUGUCAAAUUUGAGUUCAUACACAACGGUUAUUCUGUAUUAAUUUUAUUUUUGACGUGCGAUUAUUAUUUGGUGGGACUAACAAAUAUUAGAUGUCUUAAUUAUGAUAAAAUGAUCUCUAUUACUAAUGUUUUUAGUUCAUUAGACCAGUGGACUGAGUGGACUAGCUUAUUGUUAAAAUAAAAUUUUAAAAUGAGGCUAAAUCAACUUAUUAUUUUUAUCCUACAAGUUAUAAACUAUUGUAUUAAUAAUUUUUAAGUUUACUUCCUCGGAGGGCAUGCCUAUUGAUAUCAAUUGGCUGUUCUAUUAUAUUGUUUUAUGAUAAUUUUAUACGAAGUUGACUUUGGGAAUUAACGCUCGACGAACAGCUCUCACAAGCCAGAUAUUUUGGAAUAUCAACAAAUCUACUAUAAAAUUGUAUUCGAUUAUGUCUCGUAUAUUUAAGUUGUUGGUUGUGUUCUAAGAAAUAUUCAUAUCAAAUGUUAAUUGUUAUCGACAUAAACACAACAGCGGGCGCGCAGUACGUUUGAGCGUAACCCAGAGGGCCUACCGCGAAUCACGUUCUACGUGUUGCCUCUCUGUCGCACUCGUACGUAAGUGUGACAAGGAGGCAACAUGUCGAACGUGGUUCGCGGUUGGCCCUCAGUUCGGUUCCAAUUUUAGUAUUUUUAAUACAUUGAUACGCUCAAGGGUGCUACUAUAAUUUAGGUAUAAAUAAUCUCGGUAAGAUUUUGAGGCUUUCAGCGCUUUUCUUGAUGCAUUCCGACUGGUGCGUUAGGUCGACGGCGACGCGCAAGGCACGCUGGGUAGAACAACAUUUUAAGCCAAAAGAAUAGCUUAAAUUAGGUACUUAUUUCGACAAUGACUUACACGCAAAGCACUUGCUUUGUUUUUGUCAACAUUUUAUAAACAUUCGUGUUGCAUCUCUUUCUUCAAUACUAUAGAAUAGUAAAACAAAAGAGAUGCAAACUAUAUUUGGCAAAAUAGUGAGUUGCGCGCCGCGUCGUCACUUGAUAGAAUGAUUGUAGACUGAUUUACCAAGUUUGCUGCGACAAAAAAAUUAGAUAAAAUUUGAUUGCGACGCUUUAUAGGUUAUCGGCUUUUUAUCACAUUAGGAAUAUGUUAAGACUCCGCUAGACCUAUUGCGCAAAUGAAAUGCCAAUUCGCGAGUUGCAAUGCGAAGAACAGGAUUGUCAGUGCGGUACGUCCGAGGGGCUUCACGAUUCCCUAUUAACUCUAUUGAGCGGUAGGCCGGUAGGUUUGGCGGAGGCAUUGAUUUAUGUUUACAGAUGACUUGGUAAAUGAAACAUAGUAUUUAAAGUGGUGACGCAGGGUUAAGCGGGAAGCUGGCUAGGUUAUCUUGAUACGAAAUAGUAAGAUGAACAUGUAGCAACUAAUAGUAUUUAUAAUGUCGAAUC